AAAGGGAAUAUGUGGUAGCGACUUUUGUUGGCUCUUCACCGGAAGCCAAAGUUCUCAGUCGCCUUGUUCUUGAACUCACAUCAUCAUUUCUCUUCAUCCUUCUUCCUUUCCCUUUUCUUCUACUCUGUAAUUCAAAUCUCCAUUUUUCUCAUCCUCUUCCUCUUUCCUUCUUCAUUUCUUCAUCUUCUUCACAUAAUUCCCUUCUGCUUCAACAUCCUCAACCUUCUGCUUCUUCGUUUCCAGUUUUCAUUCUCAAUUUCCACGCAAACGGACUGGUUUUUCGCCUCCAUCGGACUUCAAUCUCUAUCUCUAACUUUUUCCUGAAUCUCUCUGUUCUUCUCUUCAUUGUUUUCCGUUUAAUUUGUUCUUCAAGUUGUUCUAUCCAUUCUCACCAGGAAGAUUGAUCUGCUUUCUUUGUUCUCUGCCUAACCACGAGUUGUUUCAUGUUAAGAAUGAAGCCGUUGUUGUUCAUAAUUGUCUUCUUCUCUUCUUCUUCUUCUUCUUCUUCUUCUUCUUCUUCUUCUUCUUCGCUUUCGAAAUCGAGUAAUUAGUUCUUAUUUUCUUGCUAUUGUACGGAUGAAACCGCUCUUCAAUUUUCUGAACCUGGCGCGAAUCUGAUUCCUUUUGUUAGAUGUUCGUUCAGUGCCUAGUCACUUAAUUUUAGGGUUUUUGAAAAAUUUGAUCUCGGUAUUUUCUCUUGAGUUGAACAAGGAUCUUUAACCGUGGAAGUGGAAACUAAAUCAGUUUGAUUUCAAGGUUUAUAAGGCAAACCAUCGAAAUUAUGAUUAUUUAGGGCUUGUUUUGUUUAUACUUGAGAAACACGGAAGAUUUCUUGGUUACUGUAAAUUGAACGGGAAGCAAUUUUGUGAAGACAGAGGUGUUCGGCUUCGUAAAAGCAGAGGAAGAAGAUUUGCACUCCAAGAGUUAGCCAUGGGUGCUGCAAACAUGCAAUUACAAAACACUGGAGGCGGUCUCUGUUCUGAGAACAUUAGUUCAGCUGUUUAUGAACCAACUGUAACUCCUGAUCAACAUUCACCAGAAAAUGUCCAAUUGAAGGAAUUUUCUCCCAAGGUAAGGAAACCUUACACAAUCACAAAACAAAGAGAAAGAUGGAAAGAGGAAGAGCAUGAAAAGUUUAUCGAAGCUUUGAAGCUGUACGGUCGUGAUUGGCGACAAAUAGAAGAGCAUGUGGGCACGAAGACCGCAGUUCAGAUUCGUAGCCAUGCUCAAAAGUUCUUCUCCAAGGUCACGCGUAAUUCAAAUGGGUGUAGCACAACUUCAGUAGGAUGCAUCGAGAUUCCUCCUCCCCGUCCUAAACGAAAACCAGCUCAUCCAUAUCCCCGUAAAGAAGUACCUCAUUCUCAUAAGGCAUCCCCCAUAUCAGAACAGACAAGGUCUUUGUCUCCACAACUUUCAGAUAAAGAAUGGCAGUCUCCAACAUCAGUAGUUGUAGCAGCGAGCGGUUCGGAUACGCUAAUGUUCACUGAUUCGAGGAUCCAUCAUGACAGUGGAUCUCCUGAUUUAUCUAUUCCAUCCACAGAACCAAACUCAUCUUCAUUGGACGAGUCUCCGACGGCAGCCCCAGGGACAGAAAAUUCAACCCCUCAUGAGACAAUUCCAACGAACCUGGAGUUAUUUACAAAAGUUGAUGUGAUUGAAAAAGAUGACUCAACAAAAGAAGUAUCAAUGCAGAGUCUUAAGCUCUUUGGAAGAACUGUAUUAAUAACAGAUCCCCACAAACAAACUCCAGUCGUAGAGAACUGUGCGGCCGAGGCUGACCCUAAACUAGGGGAAAACCAAAAGCAAGUAUCACCAUGGAACUCCAUGGUGAUGGAAUCUUCUAAAGGAAAUACAGAGUGCACUUGGAAUCAUGGAGCUUUCUAUUUCAUACAACUCAAUAGUGGAGACUCAAAGCAAGGCCCCGGUUCUACAGUUCCGGUAUCGUGGUGGAGUUCUUAUGGUAGUUAUCCACUUUCUUUUGUACACUGUUUCAAACAAGCACAUCUGAAUCCAAAUCAAGUCGACGAUAAGGAAACUCACAAGGAUCAAUCAUGGUGCGGGUCGAAUACCGGAUCGGUAAACAGUGGGGAAAAUGGCGAUAAAGUUGAUGAGAGUGACAUCCAAAGCUGUAGACUAUUUCACAACAAUAGAGAUGGAGAUUCAGUUCCUAAAGAUGAAUUGAUUGGAAAAGCAUUGUCUUGUGAAUUAAUAAGUAGCCAUGAAAAGAAUACCAAAGGGUUUGUUCCUUACAAAAGAUGCAUGGCAGAGAGAGCUAGACAGUCCCAUACAAUAACAGAGGCAGAGAGAGAGGAGAAGAGGAUUAGGCUUUGCUUAUAGAAUCAAAUUAAAUUUUGUACAGGGAUUAUGGAGCACACAAGAGGCUUGGUGAUAUAAUGUUUCUCAGGUUUAUAAAAGAUGGUACAGAAGACCACCACAUCCCUGGCCUUGGCUUCUUAAGGUUUUGCCUUAUUUAUUAUUCUUAUAAUAAUAUAUAUAUAUAUAUAUAUAUAUAGUUUAACAAUGUCCUUUUUCAUAAUUUGUUUUCCUAUGUUCAUUAUAUAUAAUUAUGUUCCUUCUUGCUUAUCUAAAUAAUUUUAUCACUUUGUAACUGUAAAUUCUCACUUCUUUAUGUGGAAACUGAACAUUGGACUUCCUUAAAGAGAUUAAAUGUUCAUUUUGCCCUUUUGUCUCGUU